CGCGUAAUGGCGGACACGGGCCGGGCGAGCGCGGCUGGGGGCGUAGCGCGUUGAGGGGGGUCCAGCUGUGGGGCAGCCUGAGAGGCGGUCCGCGGGAGGAGACCUCGGGCGGAGGGCGGCCGGCCGGCCCUUCCUGUCGCUUAGGGCGACCGCGCGAGGCCAGGUUGUUUUUCAUCAUUCAGAACAUUGCCUGAAGCAGGUCCACCAUGCCGUUAGUAACGAGGAACAUCGAGCCAAGGCACCUGUGCCGUCAGACGUUGCCUAGCGUUAGAAGCGAGCUGGAAUGCAUGACCAACAUCACCCUGGCAAAUGUCAUCCGACAGCUGGGCAGCCUGAGUAAAUAUGCAGAGGACAUUUUUGGAGAGCUCUUUACUCAGGCAAAUACCUUUGCCUCUCGGAUAAGCUCCCUUGCCGAGAGGGUCGAUCGACUACAAGUUAAAGUCACUCAGCUAGAUCCCAAGGAAGAAGAAGUGUCACUACAAGGAAUCAACACCCGAAAGGCUUUCAGAAGCUCUACCAUUCAGGACCAGAAGCUUUUUGACAGAAACUCUCUGCCAGUGCCUGUCUUGGAAACAUAUAAUACCUGUGAUACUCCCCCACCCCUCAACAUUCUUACCCCUUACAGGGACGAUGGAAAAGAGGCACUCAAAUUCUACACAGACCCUUCAUACUUCUUUGAUCUUUGGAAGGAGAAGAUGCUGCAGGACACCAAGGAUAUCAUGAAAGAGAAGAGAAAGCAUAGGAAAGAGAAGAAAGAUAAUCCAAAUCGAGGGAAUGUAAAUCCACGUAAAAUCAAGACACGUAAGGAGGAGUGGGAGAAAAUGAAGAUGGGACAAGAAUUUGUGGAGUCCAAAGAAAAGCUGGGGCCUUCUGGGUAUCCACCCACCUUGGUAUACCAGAAUGGCAGCAUUGGCUCUGUUGAAAAUGUGGAUGCAAGCAGCUAUCCCCCCCCACCACAGUCAGACUCAACUUCUUCACCUUCACCUUCCUUCUCUGAAGACAACUUACCUCCCCCACCAGCGGAAUUCAGCUACCCACCAGACAACCAAAGAGGAUCUGGCUUGGCUGGACCCAAAAGACCCAGUGUGGUCAGCCCAAGCCAUCCACCACCAGCUCCUCCUCUGGGCUCUCCUCCAGGCCCCAAACCUGGGUUUGCUCCACCACCUGCUCCUCCACCUCCGCCUCCGAUGCUGGGCAUCCCACCUCCACCACCGCCUGUAGGAUUUGGGUCUCCAGGGACCCCUCCACCACCUUCACCUCCAUCUUUCCCACCUCACCCAGAUUUUGCUGCCCCUCCCCCUCCUCCCCCCCCUCCAGCAGCUGACUACCCAACUCUGCCACCACCUCCCUUGUCCCAACCAGCAGGAGGCGCACCUCCCCCUCCCCCUCCUCCCCCGCCUCCAGGCCCCCCUCCUCUCCUUUUCAGUGGUGCGGAUGGCCAGCCUGCCGCACCACCACCACCGCUUUCUGAUGCCACCAAGCCCAAGUCUUCCCUGCCCGCUGUGAGCGAUGCCCGUAGUGACCUGCUGUCAGCCAUUCGUCAAGGCUUUCAGCUACGCAGGGUUGAGGAGCAGCGGGAGCAAGAGAAGCGGGAUGUUGUGGGCAACGACGUGGCCACCAUCUUGUCACGCCGCAUUGCUGUUGAGUACAGCGACUCAGAAGAUGACUCCUCUGAGUUUGAUGAGGACGACUGGUCGGAUUAAUUUUUACUCCCUGAUGCCCACCUCCUUUUUCUUUCCUUCCUACCUGCCUUCUUUGAUGCCUACCCCAACAGUCCCCUGGGGGAAAAGGAGAGGGGAAAAAAAAGAAUUUCAAGGGGCCAAAGCCUUCCCUGAAGCAACCAAAGAUAUGUCCAAGUGCUUCCUCCAAAUCGACAUGUAUUUCCUCUCCCCAUUGUCAGGCCCCUUGGGGCUCCUGAGGUUCAGUAGCUGAGAUGGUCUCUCUUCAAGUGACAGUUGCGUAUUGAAAGGAAGGAAAAACCCCAAAGCAGAUCCCUUUGAUUGGAUUUCAGGUGGAGAUGAUGCCUUCCUCUAGGAGCCAUUUUCAACUGUGGUCUUCUUCUAAAAUCUUUGGCCUCAGCCACUUCAAAUAAUGCCAGCAUCUUCUGGUCCUCAAGCAGUGAGAGUGGCCUGUGUGGACAGAGCCAGCCCCUUUCCCACACACCAAGAGGGCAGAGCAGGCCAAAUGCUGUAGCAGCCAGACUGCCACACCCUUCUGCUUACCCUCUGCCCUGAUCAGCAAAGCAGGGUGGGGCUGCCUUUCGUUAAGUCAUCUCUAUGCCUGGUAUUCCCUCUGUUCCAGGAGGCAUCGAGCCUCUGAAGGAUGUCUCCCCUCGCCCAUCCUUUUGAUGCCUUUCUGAAGGCCAAGGUUGUUGCCUCCCUCUUGGUGAGUAUGAUGUUUAGGUGUCCCUUAAGUGCCCCUCCCUUACUCCUAGGUGCCUUCAGGCAGCACAGCCCAGUUUUAACCUCUUAUGUCCAUGACCAAACUAGCCCUAACACACAGGGACCUGGACCUCUACUGGCUGACAGGAGCAAAGCUUAGAGACUUGGAACUGCAGGACUGGAAGGAUGGUGGAACUCUUUGGGUCCUACCCUCUUAAGGAUUCUGAGACCUAGAGUUGGGAAAUGACUUUCUCAAGGUCACACAGUUGACUAGUGACAAAGCUAGGGCCCAGAGUUCCUGAUUCCAAGUCACCUGUGUUUUCUGGGACCAAAUAAUGGGCACCUGCUGGAGCCUGGGCAGAGCAGUCUUGGCUGUAAGCUAUUCCAGACCUCACUGUAGGUGGGGGUCCCAGUGGGAGGGCUCAGGGCCUGUGCCAGCGCUGUCAGGGCUGCUCAGACCCUUCUAGCCUCUCUUGUAAUUCUUUUUGCCCCUUUCCUAUUAUCAACCAACCACAUGGCCCUGAGAGCUGCUGUUCUGGGGGACUAGAGGUAGUGAGAGAACGAAGAGGGUAGGCAGCUUUGACAGGUGCUGUUUUCAAUUCCUCUGCAACUCCUCCCUCUUUUAUUUCCCCAAUUUAAGCAUAGGUUCUGCCAACUAUAGAAACCUCAGUCCCUCAGGCUGGCAGACUCCACCGGUACCUGCCUGGGGGGGCCUGGCAGCCAUGAGGAGGGCUGAAAGGCAGAGGGACACUGGGUCCCAUUUGCAGCUUCUCCCUCACUGCACGUGGUGAUGUUCCCUCCCCCCUUAUUCCCAGAGCUAAUACACAGGUGCUAUUAUUCAGAAAAAAACUGAUCAGCUCUGGCCAACAGUGAGGUUUCUUCUCUUCUGCCCUAACUAUUGUGUAGCCUCUUAUGCUGAAAUAGGCUUCUCCUGGUUUCUCCGGCUUUCAGAGCCCUGAAACAAAGAGAAACAGGAUCUGUCUCUACCCAGCACAGCAAAUGGUUGUAGUAAUUGCCAAAGCCCUCGUAAACUCCUCCGGCUUGAGGGGAGUGUGUAUAAUCGUGGGUACUGCCGCUGUGCCCUUGCUCAAUGCUUCCUCUCCGCCUUGUUUCCUGGAACUCAGGAGGUGGGGACUGAGCCUGUAGGUGCCAGCAUGCCCUCCUGCUGUGGCUACUCCAGUAUACCCUCAUCCCUCUUUCCAGGGCAGGUGUCUCUGGCACAGGGCUUGGUACCAGGCUCCAUGCUGAGCACACCAGGCUGUGUGUGCCCCCGCCUUGUUUCCCACCCUGCACUCUGGAAGCUGAAGGUGCUUUCAUCAGAACCCUAAAAUGGCCGGUGAAGGUGCCCUGGCUGCAGCCCAGCAGUGGCUGGAGCAGCAGGCGGAGGGCAUCCAUUCUCCCAAAUAGGCAUCCUGGGGCCUGGCCAGGCCAGAGUUUGGGCCUAAUGGCUUUGACUAAAUUACCCCCAUCCCCCUCCUUUCCGGAAAAGGGGGAGCCAGAGCCACUCACUAUCAUUCUGCUCUGACCUUGGGGGGGGUGGUAUUGGUCUGGCUUCUGGAGUGGACAGAGUCCACUGUGGAAAGAGCUGGGGGCAGGAGGAGGUGGGGAGGGGCACUGCCUGCAGAAGGUAGGAUUAGAUCAUUAGCUCAGUGACCUCCUAGGGUUUCAAUGUGCUGUGUUCUCAUCCUACAGCUGGUUUGGUAAUGAUCUGCAAGUCCCGGAGAGCAACAGCACAGCUCUGCCUGACGCUCUCAUUAAAAUCUAUGCAGCCAAGCUCGGCACUUUGUAGCAGCCGGCCUUGCGGAGCCUCCUCAGCUCGGGGGGCUGGGGACCCAGUCAGCCGAGAGGCCCUCUGGGCUCUACCUAUGCAUAUGUGCACCAAAAAAAAUUUUCUUCUUUAAACCCAGAGCCCUAUAAGAUGAUAAAGGACCCAGUGCAGGUAAUCAUGUGUUUUUGGAAUACUGUAAUUGUAGAAUGCAAAGUUAGUGAUUAUUUAAUCUGGGCUGAGGCUGGUAAGAGUAUGUAACAAUGGUCCAUAAGGACUGUUACAUUGAAACCAAGGAACCUCCUCCCUUCCUGGUUUGCCCAGCUCAGGGGACCUGCCCCCAUUCCUGUGGCCCAGGGGCCCAGCUUCCAAUCGGCAGUGUCAGAAGUGACUUGUGGCUUUGCCUUGGUCGUGAGAUGGGUACAUUCCAAAGAGGCAGCCUGCGGGGGUGAGGGGGAGCAGACUCAGCGAUCCCUUGGAGGCCCAGAGCAGCUGGCCCAAGCUCUAGCUCGCCUCCAGCGGAAGCUUGAGCGCCCUCAGAAACGACCCUGGCCAAUGUCACUGCAGAGCUGAGGUGGUGUUGUCAGGGCUAAUGUGAAAUCUCUUCCCGUGGCGCCUGUCCUCCGACUUUGCAGCGCCAGCUUGGACAGAUUGAGGUCUCUGUGGCUUUGGUGACCCUGCUUAAGCAUUCCCACCGUGUCCCUUCUCUGCUCCAAGAUUGCCUUCCACUGCAGCCCCUCUUCUGACCUCAUGCCUGGUGGGGGGAGAGGGGCAGUGCUCCAAGGCUGGGGGCUUUUGCUCCUGAGAGAUGGCAGGUUUCCCAGGGCAUCAGGCUUUGAGCUCUACCGUGGCCCAACUGACCUGGGACCAGGUAUGGCACAGAGAUGUGCCUCAUUCUAUGCCUCCUGCCACGUUCACUUUAGCAGGGCCUCAGUGAGGGACAGGGAACAAUUUUGUUAUUGUAUUAAUUUUAUUCAGUUAAUUCACUUGAGAAACUAACCAAUUUUUACUUUCUGUCUAGAAUGAUGUACAUGUAGGAGAGUAAGCUAUAAUGCUCCCAAAGUGCCUUGUUUUCUAUGAUAUAAAUAUAUUUAUAAGGGCAUAUUCCAGUGGGUUCUUGGGUGUGUUUGUCACAUCAAGAUUUUAGGGAGUGUAGGGCUGGCCUGUGGCUCACUUGGGAGAGUGUGGUGCUGAUAACACCAAGGCCACGGGUUCUGAUCCUAUAUAGGGAUGGCCGGUUUGCUCACUGGCUGAGCGUGGUGCUGACAACACCAAGCCAAGGGUUGAGAUCCCCUUACCGAUCAUCUUUUAAAAAAAAAAAAAAAAAAAGAUUUUAAGGAGUGGACGUAUUGGUAGUGGGGAUACAGUCUGAAAAUAGGCCCUUUCCCCCUGAGGAUGGGAAAGGAGCUCUUCAGUUGGAGAUCUGAGCAGUGGGGUUAAGCCAAACCCUUAAAGUGAUCCUUUCCUCUUCUGCCCUGUUCUUCUCAGAGUCUUAGAAGUACAUCCAGUUUUUAAGAGCCCAGUGGCUCCAAACCUGGUCUCUUGUCUUCCCUACCAGGCUCAUGUUUGUACUACGUUUGUACCCCAGUGACCUGAAGGUUCCAUGCAACUAUUUUAUGUUAUACACGUGAAUACAUAAAUGCCAACAUUUUAAAUAAUUUGAUAAAGUCUUUGUAACCAGUCA